AUGGUAUUGGUGAGAUCAAACAUUCAUGAUUACGACGUAGCAUCACGACACCUUCGAGGGAUUCUAAGCACGAGCCUCGGGAUCCUGCAUGAAUGCGGUAUAUUUUCCGACAUUUACAAGGAUAGCGAGUGUAGAAUGCAGAUGUAUGAGUACCUCCAGGGCUACAUAGUAGCUGGAGGUAGAUAUAACCCCUCACCUGGACAGCUUGCAAAAUUAAUUACACUAUGCAUCAACGCAGGAACGUCGGCUCGACCCCGGGAGUUUCGAGAACCGGACUUGGACGGAGACUAUCUACGCCACACAGAUUAA